AUGGGUUCCACGGAAGACCUUGACUAUCCUCAAAUCAUUGUGCAAUACAGCAAUGGAUUUUUAAUCUCAAAGGUUAUGUUCACUGCCUGUGAGCUGGGGGUGUUUGAUCUUCUUCAAGAGUCAGGAAAGCCUCUGCCUUCAGAUGCCAUUGCUGCAGGUCUGAGUGCCAGCACCAUGGGGAUGAAAAGACUGCUGGAUGCCUGUGUGGGAUUGAAGCUCUUGGCAGUAGAGAUGACACAAGAAGGAGCCCUUUACAGAAACACAGAAAUUUCCAACAUCUACCUUACAAAAUCAAGUCCAAAGUCUCAGUAUCAUAUUAUGAUGUAUUAUUCCAACACAGUCUACUUGUGCUGGCAGUACCUGGCUGAUGCUGUGAGAGAAGGAAGAAACCAAUAUGAAAGAGCUUUUGGUGUUUCAUCUAAAGACCCUUUUGGAGCAAUGUACAGAUCAGAUGAAGAAAUGCUAAGAUUCAUGGCUGGCCAGAACUCAGUAUGGAGUAUAUGUGGCAGAGAUGUUCUUGCUGCAUUUGACCUUUCCCCUUUCAUGCAGAUCUAUGACCUGGGAGGAGGUGGAGGAGCUUUGGCCCAAGAGUGUGUUUCUUUGUAUCCAAAUUCUACCGUCACAAUCUAUGACCUGCCCAAAGUUGUGCAGAUGGCCAAAGAACAGUUUGUUUCCCCCGAGGAGCAUCAGAUCACUUUCCAUGAAGGAGACUUCUUUAAUGAUUCAAUACCCGAAGCUGAACUGUAUAUUUUAUCCAAGAUACUGCAUGAUUGGGAUGAUGACAAAUGCAAACAACUGCUGGCAAAAGUCUACAAAGCUUGCAAACCUGGUGGUGGAGUGCUGCUGGUUGAAUCCCUUCUGAAUGAAGACAAAAGUGGACCUGUAGAAACCCAACUGUAUUCAAUGAAUAUGUUGGUCCAGACAGAAGGGAAAGAGAGAACAGCAGCAGAGUACAGCAAGCUCCUGGAGGCAGCUGGCUUUGGAGUGAUUCAAGUAAAGAGAACUGGAAAACUCUAUGAUGCCGUUUUAGGAAGGAAAUAA